AUGAUCCUCCAGAUCAUGCAGGUGUCUUGGCUGAUGAUGUUGUUCUUAUCGUGGCCCAUAACAGCAGCAACAGCAGGACCAGAUGUAAAACCUGGCUGCCAAGAAAAGUGUGGGAAUGUCAGUGUGCCUUACCCGUUUGGGAUUGGGGUAUCCAAAUGUGCCAUGAAUACGCACUUCUUUCUAAAUUGCACGAACAAUACUGAGGGUCAUCCUGAACUGUGGCUUGGUCGUAACAUACUGGCUCGCAAUAUAUCAGUGCUGGAAGGCACAAUAACCGUCAGCAUCUUCACAGCAUUCGACUACUAUAACAAAAUAGAGGAGAAAACACACAGUUUCUCGCAGUCAGUCUCUCUUGGAUCAGGCCCCUUCAUGUUCUCUGACACCCGAAACAUAUUCACAGCCAUUGGUUGUGAUACCGUUGCUGCGGUGACCAACGAAGAGUCUACAUAUGGAGCUGCCUGUAUGUCCUUAUGCACCGAAUAUGUGAACAUGUCAGAUGCGAAUCCCUGCUCAGGUUCUGGAUGCUGCCAAACCUCAAUUCCCAAGGGCCUCAAGUCACUUGAUAUUUCCCUUUCAAGUUAUUACAACUACACGAAAGUUUCAGAUUUCAAUCUCUGUGGAUUUGCAUUUUUGGCGGACAAAAGCUCCUUGAAGCUUUCAGAUUGGCUGCUCUCUCGUAUUCCAAAUUAUGUAAAUGAUACAUCAGAUAUCGUGGUUGAAUGGGGAGUUAAAAAUGAGACGUGCGAACAGGCUAGAGCUAAUGCAAGUUAUUAUGCUUGCGGCACUAAUGCAAAUUGUACUUACCCUCAGAAUGGUGUUGGAUAUCGUUGCUUAUGCAAUGAAGGGUUCGAAGGAAAUCCCUAUCUCCAAGAAGGAUGCCAAGAUAUCGAUGAGUGCCAGGAUCCAAUAAAAUACCCUUGUGAAGGAACUUGCAAGAACACUAUUGGAAAUUACAAGUGUCUCUGUCCACUUGGCAUGCAUGGUGAUGGUAAAAAAGGUUGUCAAGGGUUUGGUAUCAGCACCAUUAUUGCAGCUGAUGAAAGCGAAAUAGAUGAGAUCGAAGCUGUAGCUGAGCUUGCAAAAGGAUGUCUGAAUAGCAUGGGAGUAAACCGGCCAACCAUGAAGGAAGUGUCUGAUGAGCUUGCUAAGCUGAAAGCCCUUCAUCAGAAAUCAUGGGCUCAGCAAAAUAGCGAUGAGACUGAGCACUUGUUAGGCGAAUCAUCACAAUCUUUCUGCAACAAUGCAAGUCCUUCCGUGAAUCAUUCACAAACUGUGAUAUCAUUUGAGAUUGAGAACUACACUGAUAGUAUUUAA